AGCAAAAAAAGGGGGCUACACUUGCACAGCAAACUGAAAAAAGCCUCUUCUUGUAGAGUAGUAUUUCAUUCCCCUGCUUCCAAAUUCUUCAGUGAUCAAUCAAACUUUUUUUUAAUUUCUCCAUAGAAAGAAAUUUAGAAGAUUGUUACUGAAGAAUAAAGGGGAAAAAAAUGUCUUUGGGUUAUGCUGAAAAACUUUCAUUUAUAGAAGAUGUAGGCAAUGUUGGAAUGACUGAGUAUUUUGACCCACCACUUGUUUUGCAAGACAAAAUUGAGAGACUUGCUGUGAUGAUACAAAAGAGUAAGCAUUUAGUGGUUUUUACAGGAGCAGGAAUAUCCACUUCUUGUGGUAUACCUGAUUUUCGUGGUCCCAAGGGCAUUUGGACUCUUCAGAGAGAAGGGAAAGCGCUACCAGAAGCUGCAUUGCCGUUUCAUCGUGCAACACCAAGCAUGACACACAUGGCCCUAGUGGAACUAGAGAAGGCGGGUUUUCUAAAGUUUCUUAUAAGCCAGAACAUUGAUGGCCUCCAUCUUCGAUCUGGAAUUCCAAGGGAGAAGCUUUCUGAAUUACAUGGGGAUUCUUUUAUGGAACGAUGCCCUUCUUGUGGGAUUGAGUAUAUGAGGGAUUUUGAAAUUGAAACUAUUGGGUUGAAGGAAACUGCACGCCGUUGUUCCAAGGUGGGCUGUGGUGCAAGACUUAAAGACACAGUUCUUGACUGGGAGGAUGCUCUACCUCCGAAGGAGAUGAAUCCAGCUGAGAGGCACUGCAAAAUGGCUGAUGUUGUGUUGUGUCUAGGGACAAGUUUGCAGAUCACCCCUGCCUGUAAUUUGCCUCUAAGAUCACUCAAAGGCGGUGGAAAGAUUGUAAUAGUUAAUCUUCAGAAAACUCCCAAGGACAAGAAAGCAAGCUUACUGAUUCAUGGCCUUGUAGACAAGGUCAUUGCAGGAGUCAUGGAAUUCCUCAGUUUGCAAAUUCCACCAUUUAUUAGAAUUGAUCUUCUCCAAACCAUUUUUACUCAGGCCUCAAGUCUUGAUGAAAAAUAUAUAAAUUGGAGCCUUACGGUGGCAAGCGUCCAUGGAAAUAGAGCACCGUUGCCUUUUAUCAAAUCUGUAGAGGUUUCUUUUUCAGAAUGUCAAAACAUGAAAGCGGCUAUUUUGGAUAAGCAACCUCUUUAUCUGAAAAGGCGGACAGUUAAGAGUACAAACCCUUUUAACGUUGUGAUGAAAUUGAUCUUCAGUGAUGGUUGCAAGUGUUCAUCGGCUGAAAUCAAGAUUCCUAUUGAUUUUAAGAUGUCAGCAGAUGAGUUUAAAGAUGAUAAAGACUCCAUCUUACAGAAUCUAAGAGACAGCGCCAUCACGGAUCCUAGUUGCGGACAGACUGCAGUUGUUGAGAAGGUCAUUAUGGUUCCUAAAAGUGAAGUCAUGGUACACGCCGUUGUAACAAACAUUGUCAAGUUUGACAGAAGCUAUGGAGAUCUAAGUAACGGCUCAUGCAAGAGGAAAUAUGAAUGUUUUAAUGGCAUAAUUCCGUCGCGAAAACGAUCAAAUGGUAGAAAACCCAGAGCUGUAAUUAAUGGAAGGUGAUCUUCAGGGCUAUACAGCAACUACUGUAAAUAUUCUCGUAGCAGAAACUCUGGAAAAAAAUGUUAAUAUGUGAAGACUGGGUGAAUUUUGAUAGUUAAUACGCUCAGUCUCUUGGUUAGAAAAUUGAAAUUUCUUAACCAAUUUUUUGGUGUUAGGACUAAAGUUUUAAAGCACUCAUUUCUUUUUGUUGAAAUUCAUAUACAGGUAUAUUUUUACUGAUCUAACUUCCUUUGAUAUAUUUAAACUAGUUUCCUCC